CCAGGUACAGGUGGAUGAAUAUAAACAGCUGAAGGACACGCUUGAUAAGAUGCCCAGUCUGAGAAAUGCAGCCGUACAACCGCAAGCACCUGUACAGCUAGUCCAGAACAAGAACAUUGAUGAACCCCAACAACCCAAGCAAGAGGUGGCACCAGCUGAAGGUCAUGCGCAGGUGGAGCGGGUGAAGUCUGCUUAUGAACAGCAGCAGGAGCAGCAGCGUCUGGCGGCACAGCUGGCGGAGGAGCGCAGACAGCUGCAUCUGCGUCAGGAGGCCCUGCAGAAGCAGCAGCUGCAGCAGCAGAAGGAGAGAGAGGAAAGACUACGCCUGCAGAGAGAGAGAGAGGAGCAGCUGAACCGAGAGGCAGAUCUCAAAGAGCAAAAACUCAAGCAAGAGAUGCUCCGGAAAAAGGCAGAAUAUGAAAACAUGGAUGCUGAUAUAGUGCAGGGAGAAGAAGAGGCACAAAUAGCCGAGGAGAAAGAGGAGAACGCACUACAUGAAGAUCCAAGGCAAGGUGAAGAGGACAACGUUCACCAUGAGGAGAAGCGACCAGUAGAAGCGGAUGUUGAUCCAGAGGACGACCCCAACAACCAGGGUGAGGAUGAGUUUGAGGAGGCUGAGCAGCAGCAUCAUCAUGAGGAGGAAGAGCCAGCACCCGUCGGCCACCCGGACAUGCACCCACAUGCUGAGAAUCAGCACCAGCCACCCGCAGAAGAGCAACUGGUGAUGCCCGGAAACCCAGAUCAGCAGGAAGACGCUCUGGAUGAGCAGUACCAGGAGGAAGGAGAUGAUGAGGCUCAAGAAGAGCUGGUAGACAAUCCCAAGCAUGAAGUGGCGCGAGAGGAAGAGGGAGACCCGUAUAAUGAGGAGAAUGUAGAACAGGAAGAUCCCAGAGAUCACGGAGUAGCAGUGAAGCAGGACAAUCAACCGGCCCAACAUCACAAUGAAGAAAACUAUGAAGACGAAGAAGAGGAAGAAGAAGAAGGUAACGGAGAUAAACCACCCAUCCGCAGGGCAGAAAUGUGAGGUGGGGGAAAGUAAGGACAGUCAAUGGCUGCCACUUGUAUGGAUUGAGAUUUCUCGUCCCAUUCUCAUAAACUUUGUGCCAGGUUUAAGGGUUCUUUUAGGUCAAUCGAAUGAAUAGGAAAUGAAUGGACUGUGUGACUAAAAACAGAGAUGCACCAAAACGCCCUGCUGUCAACCUGUCAUCUAAGAAAUGGCAGAAUACUGUUUCAUCUUUGAUUUCUUCAGCGGGAUGCACCACAACCUCUUGCACUGACAGAUUUGCCAUGUUUGAUCACUAUAUGCAAGGUAAAUUUGGAGGUAAACACUCAAAUUGAUGGACAGGCAGCCAUUGAAUGCUCAUUUUAGUGUUAAUUCAUCCUUCUUUGGCUGUUGAAUAAUGCAGUGCAGUAAUAUUGCAUGCUGGGUGAGUUUGGCAGGACGCUCUCGGGUCACUAUGAAUGUUUACACAUAAUUCAAGCCGAUAACUGUAGCUGUUUUUUAAAAAUGUUGUACUCUCUUUGCAUAUUUACCAUAGUGAGAUUACUGAGUAGACAUACUGUAAGCCAAAUUACAUGAUUUUCACCAAGUGCCUCUCUAGACAUAAUACAAAGAACUUUCUCAUGUUAUCGGUCUUUGCCAGGAUGAUCUGUUUCUGAUGUCUUUGUUGAAUUUUGUCUAAAAGUCAUUACUCUAGUAUAAACCUGUACUAGUGUUCUGCGUGCUACUGGAUCUAAAGUCUUAUUGUCGAUGUAUUAAACAUAAGACGUUAUAGAAAUGAAUGGCACAUUGAAAAUUACAAUGCAUACUAUUCAGAUGUAGAACAAAUUAGAUUAAAAGAUUUGCGAGGAAUGUACUUUAAAUCACUAUCAUUUUAAAAACCUAUAUAUUUAUUUUGUCAAGUAUUUACUUUGUUUUAUAUAUAUAAAUGCUAUCAGAUGAAAUCACCUUUUUUAUUUUGUGGGGGAUUUUUUGAUUUAUUAGUUGAUGUAAUAUUGGUGAAACCAGCUUUUCCUGUUAUUUGUUCAGCUUUAUAUUCUUUAAACUUUAUAUUUAAAAUAAAUAUCUUUAUAUGUA